UAUUCCCCUUGCGAAACAGCACGGUCCAGCUUUCGCUUUUGGACUAUCAUGCGGGCGCAGUCAUGUCCUUUGUGCGCAUAUAUCUACUUAAUCAUGGCAGCACAUGGUGUGCAGGGUGUCUACAAACCUCCUCCAGUGCCAGAAGAAGCUUAUUUUGCAGAGUCUUUUGAUUCAGGCCCGCUAGAGAAGAAAUGGGUCGUUUCGAAGGCACUGAAAGAAGAAGACGGGAAGACCCUUAAAUAUGACGGGCAGUGGGUUCUGGAAGAGCCCAGCAACCAGGCUUCAUCUGGAAACAAGGGGCUGGUCAUGAAGUCCCCGGGUCGACACCAUGCCAUCGCAGCCCCGCUGGGCACCAUCUUCCACUUCAGAGACAAACCGCUGAUCCUGCAGUAUGAAGUGUUCUUUCAGAGCGGGACUGACUGCGAGGGGGCCUACAUCAAACUCCUCUCCCACACUCCCCAGCUUCGCCUGAGUCAGUUCAACAGCUCCACCCCGUACGCCAUCAUGUUUGGUCCGGACAAGUGCGGCAGCAGCAUGAAGGUGCACUUCAUCUUUCGGCGCAGGAACCCACUAAGCGGACAGUACCAGGAGAAACAUGCCAGACAGUCAGAUCAGGACCUCAGCAAAUACUUCAGUGACCGCCAGGCUCAUCUGUACACGCUCAGACUCUACCCUGACAACAUCUAUGAGAUCCUCAUUGACCAGUCUCUGAUAAGUAAGGGAAGCCUUCUGGAGGAUGUAGACCCUCCUGUGAAUCCACCUCGAGAGAUCCCUGACCCUGAUGACACAAAGCCUACAGACUGGGAUGACAGACGCCGUAUCCCUGACCCCACAGCUGCUAAACCCUCAGAUUGGGAUGAGAAAGCUCCUGAGCGCAUCCCUGACCACACCGCCCAGAAGCCACCAGGCUGGCUGGAAGAUGCUGAGCCUUUCAUCUUGGACCCAGAAGCAGAGCGGCCAGACGACUGGAAUGAGGAGAUGGAUGGCGAGUGGGAGCCCCCCAGGGUUCCCAAUCCAGCUUGCUCUCAAGCGAUCGGAUGCGGCCCUUGGCUGCCACCCAUGAUCCAUAACCCAGCCUAUAAGGGGAAGUGGAGGCCCCCAAUGAUUGACAACCCCCGUUACCAGGGAGAGUGGCAGCCCCGAAUGAUCCCCAACCCAGAGUACUUUGAGGACCUCGAGCCCUUCCAGAUGAGCACGGUGGGGGCUGUGGGGUUCGAGCUGUGGUCCUUGACAGGGGGUGUGCUCUUUGACAACAUCCUGCUGUGUUCUGACCCCACAGUGGCCCAGCGCUGGACUGACCACAGCUGGGGGCAGAGACAGACUCCAGGGCUGUUCAUGCAGCUCCUCUUGGCCACAGAGCGGCGUCCCUGGCUCUGGGGCGUGUAUGUCUUCACCAUCGGCCUCCCUGCCAUCCUCUUCAUCAGCUUCAUGUGGCCUGAGAAGAGGUUUGGGCCCUCAGACCAGGAUUACUACUACAAGAAGUCUGACGCACCACAGCCUGACACCCCCCAUGACCCAGAGGGCACGCCCACCCUAGAGGCUUACGGGGCUGUGAAGAAUAGCGGGCCAAGGAAACGAGAGGCCAGGGAAUUGCAGAAAAACUGACCCAGAAUUCAAGACUGAAAGAAAACAACCCAGUGUUGAACAGCGGUCUCGUACCGACGACAACGCUUGGCUCAGACUGACCUUCGCUGGGUUGAACAAGAACACAGUGCAUGCUGUUCUGUGACAAUCAUGUGGUUUAGAGUCCCAUUUGAGUUACCUCACUCACUAAGAUCAGUCUUGGAAACAACGCAGCAUUAGUAAGACCUUAAGUGGCACUAGUGAUACUAAAAUAUGCUCUGCUUUGAACAGACAGUAAAGUCUACACAGGGGUAAAAGAGAGUAGGAAGCAGAAGAAAAAGCAGAAGAAACAGACCCACAUUCGGCUGUUGAUGUCUACACCAGCUGUGGUCUUGGUUGGUCCAAGCUUUAGUCAUUAGUGACUUUUUUCCACCAGGGUACUGUCAGCUUUACUUCCCUGUUGUGUCUUGACUGUCUCAAGACAGUUUAUUUGUUUCCUUCUGUCUGCAGAGAGUGUCAUGUUCUGAACUUCUGCUCAUCUGCGCUGUACUGCUCUUUC